AUGAAAUAUAAUCUAAAUAUUGGAGGUUUGAGAAAUAAUAUUAAAACAUUUUGUAGAAUUUUAGAAGAUAGUCUUGAUUUGAAUAUUGAUCUAUCAAUCACUUUUCACGAAUUAAAUGAAAUUACAAGACGAUUGAUUUAAGAAUUAGAAAAUGAAAGUUUUAUUGAUUUGAAUAAAAUGUAAAAAAUAAAUUUGAAUGAAUUCUAUCAUAUAUUAGAAAGUGACAAAGAACUUGAAUAAUUAUUAAAAGAUCAUGUAAAAUAAAAGUUAGGAUUGAAUACUGAGAUUUAAUGGAUGAUUGAUAAUAAUCAAAUAAUCACAGAGUUGAAUUGUAAAUUAGUAGUAGAAGAAUAUCUAAAUAAGUUAUUUACAUGUGAAACAUAAUUCAAAGAAUAUAUUGAUUUUAUAUCAACAUAAACAAAUAUCAAAACAUUAUGCAUAUAGUAAGAAAGACCAUUAAGAGGAUAUAAGAAUUCUUUUCAAGAAAUGGAUGAUUAUUAUCAAAUUUAUGGUUUCAAACAUUUUGAUAUAUCAGAAAUAUUCAAAAAAAAAAUAAUAAAAACUCUUUUAGAAGUAAAAAUGUAUAAUGUAUUUACAACUAAAUUUAUUCCAAAAAUAAAACCUUGGAUUGAAAAAUAUUAUUAUGUUUAUGUUGAUGUUGAUGAAGAAAAUGAGAUAGUAAUUAUUAAAAUGAUAAUUAGAUCUCUCUUUAUGGUCCAAUUAAUUUAGUUAAGGAAUCUGAGGAAAUAAUUAUGAAAGAAUUCAAACAACUUUCAUUUUUUUGUGGAAUUAUUAAAUCAGAUUGUCUCACUGCAGAAUAAUUUUAAUUUUUAGAAAUUUCAGAGUUUUUAAAAGAAUCAUUAUAUUAAAAUUAUGAAGUAGUUAAAUAAAAUUCACCAAUUUUAUAAUAAUUAGAAGACAGUUUAAAAGAUAUUAAAAGCUAGGCAUUUUAAGCUGUUAUGUAUGCAGGUAUAAAUUAUAUUUAUGAAUUUUAGAAUUUUAAAAUGGUGAAGUGACUGGAGAUUGUAUUUUAUGCUCAAAUCUUGAGAUUGAUUAAUAGAAUGUUGAAUAAAAAUUAGAAUCAGAAAUUUAAAAAUUGGCAGAGUCUAAUGUAAAUGGAAAUUGUGUAGGGUAUUUCUAGAUUGUAUAUGGAAUGAAAUUAAGUUCUCUUUUAAAAAAAUAGUUAAAUGAUCAUCUUAAAGUUGUUUCUGAAGAAAUUCAUUAUUAGAGCCAUAAAAUCUAUUUAGAAUAACAAGAGUUCUCAGAAUUAUAAAAUUAUGAAAGCUUAUUUAAAAUUAAAAUAGAUUCCAAUAAUUAGAAGUUCUUUAUAACUGGAAAAUAAGAUUAAAUAAAUAAAUUUAAGGAUAACUUGAAUACUAUUUUAGCAUCAAAGAUAGAGAUUAUAGAUUACUAUUAAUAUAAGAAUAAUUUUAAUAUUAAAGCAGCUAUGAUUGAUUAUAAAGAGAGAUAUAAUUAAAUCAUAUCUUAAAAUGAAUGUUAAGGUAUAUAUAUAAAUAUACAAAUAAAAUAGUUGAGGCAAAUUUAUAAAAUACUAGAAUCAAAAUAAGUGGAAAAUAGAACAAUAUUUAAAAAUUGAAAUAAGAUUUGUAAGAAUUAGAAAAAGAUAUUUAAUCUGAGAAAAUCUCUAAAUAAAUUUCAAUUGACUUACCGAAGGGAACAAUCUUCUCGUAAAAAUUUCAAUCUUAAAUAGAUAAUUAAUAAAAACUAUAUAAUUAAAAUAUCCAUCAGUUGAUUUAGUUGUUGGAGCAUUUGAAGAAGUUAAUAUUGCUUCAAUAUAUUCUUUUCGUAGAAAAUAAACUAGAAUUAAAAUUUGUAAUGGAUCACCAUCUGGAUUAUUUGAGAUUAAGACUGAAUUAAUUAAAUUAGAUAAAGCAAUAUUCAUUAUACCAAUUGAAAAAAUACAUUUGGAAGCUUAGAAACCAUCUUUAUUGUGGGAGUAAGAGUUAAUUUAAAAAAAAUCUAUUAACAUCAAAUCAAUAUCUGAGACAAAAUGGUUUAAAUUAAUUAAAUAUGCCGUUGAAAUUACAGAAACUAAUUCUAAUCUAAAUUCAAAAGAUAAAAAAAAAAAACCUAAAAUAGAAACUAUAGAAUAUUACAUUUGCUAAAUUUAUUAUAGAGAUUAUUUUAAGCCAGAAAAUUUUAUUCAUUAUUUUGAAAAGGAAACAUUAAAAACUUCAUUUGAUUAAUUAAUGAAUUAAAUAUAACUAAUAAAACCAAGUUAAAUGUAUAUAUCAUGUUAUAAUGACGAUGGUAAAAAUUAUCAAUAAAUUGUUGAUUAUGUAAUUAAAGAAGGAUAGUAUGAUUUUAUUAAUUAUCAUUUAUUAGUCCAAAAAUAACAAUAUUAUUUUUAAUGAGCCAAUCAGAGAAUAUGGAAAGUCUUAAAUAGGAUCUACUAAAUGAUUUUGAUGAGGAAGAGAAUUAAAGAAUCAAAAUAACACAGCAUUUUACUAUUUUAAGUUGUAUCUAAGACAACAUCUCUUCAGUAAUAAAUGAUCUAAAUAACUUAUAAUGA